AUGAAUGAAGAACUGAAGCAGAAGCACACAGGGUUGUGGUUUGGGGAGGAUGUGGACAUCCUGUUCAAUGACUGGCCCGCAGGUCACAGCAAAUUCCUUUUCUCCUUUGCUAUAUUUCUUGUGUUCACCAUAUCUCUGUUCGCUCAUAUUUAUGCAAUGACUCCCUUGAGCACCCCCAAGAUGGAUCCUAAGAGCCUGCUCCGACAUGCUGCCAUUCAUGCCUUCCGCACUUUCAUCAUCUACUUGGUCCCCCUCUGUGUCAUCACCUUCAACCUCGAUGUCUUAAUCACACUACUCCUUGGACAGCUUACCGGCUUCUUGGCUCUCACAUUCUACGCCCAAUAUCAUCAACCCCGCUGA